AUGAUUUAUAAAAGAAUAUCUCAUAUGUUAUUCAUUUUUUCAAUUCAUUGGGUUUUAAUAAUUGAAAAUAUUUCUUGCGAAAUAUCCGAUAGUGCUAGGCGUUUUUUGAGGGCCGUAAAAUUGAUGCGAAUUUCGAAAAGUAUAAAUGUCAAUAGGCCUGGUGAAAUUGAAAGUAAAUGUGAUAUUUGGGAAGCAUUGCGUUUGUAUGGUAAAAGUAAACAUGAUAGUUCAGAUCUGAGAGAACAGAGUCGAAUUUUACUGGAACAAAUUAGUAAAAAGGCAAAGAUUAUAGGACCUUCAUUAGGUGAUUUUAGAUCAGAUAUGGUUGAAAAUAUGUCAAAUUUAGCACUCAGACAAAUGGAAAUUCUUGAUUUAGUGGAACAGGAAAAGGGAAUAUUAGAAGAUGCAGCUCACACUAUAAAUGGAAUAUUAAGAAAAACUAUUUCCAAGUAUAAAAUUGCAGUUAAAGAAAAACCUACACGCAAUGUAAAUGAGGAUCAUGAAAAUAAAAAAUAUUUAUUGAUUUCUGAUAAACCUUAUGAAUUUUUGUUUAGGAGUAAACCCCCUUCUUUAUCGGAUUAUGGGAGAAAAUCCACUCAAAUUGUUGAUAAAAAUAAUAUAAGUGCCCUGGGCCAUUCCUUAGGAAAUAAUAAGAGAGGUUUGGGAAAUAAUAAAAACAAUUUGAAUUACAAAAGCGAUAAUGCUACAUCUAGUGUUUUAAAUUGGAAACGAAUUUUCAAAAAAGGUUCUAGUAUAGAUGAAUUAUAUGAUGAUGAGAAUGCUGAAAUGGAUGAGUUAUAUGAGCUAAUAGAGAGUUUGGUUUACGGAUCUGGAAAGCUGAAAUUGUUGUUUGGAGCUUUUGAAUUGAUUGAAGAAAAUGCUAAGGGAGUAUUCUCCAGAUUAUCAUGGAAUUUGAAUGAGAAAUUGAAUGAGAUUAGUGCAAACAAGAGGAAUAGUUGA